UACACACACUUAAAUUUUCUCUCUCUAUAUCUAUAUCUGUCUCACACACAUAUAUAUACAUACAUUUGAUCGGAGAUUGAAUUACAGUAAAUUGAAUCAAUUUUGAUAAAUCUAAACUGAAUUAUAUUAUCUGUACGUAUAGUAUAUUUAUAUACAUAUAGAUAGAUACAUAUACAUAUAUUUGCAGGAGAUGAAGUUCGGCUGGUGAUGAACGACGUCGUAUAGUGGAAUUCCGAUGUCACGACCGGCGGUUACCGCCGGAGUGUCAUCAUCUUCAUCACCGCCGUUAGAUGAAGAUGCAUUGUGGCAACUGACCUUGAGAUCGAGAGAAGGAAUGGAGUCAGGAUCUUAUCCUGUACGUGACGGAGAGCCAGAUUGCUCUUACUACAUCAGAACAGGCCUUUGUAGGUUUGGGGCCACUUGUCGUUUCAAUCAUCCUCCUAACAGGAAACUGGCUAUUGCAACUGCUAAAAUGAGAGGAGAAUAUCCAGAAAGAGCAGGACAACCUGAAUGCCAGUACUAUUUAAAGACGGGCACCUGCAAAUUUGGAGCAACUUGCAAGUUUAAUCAUCCUCGAGACAUGGCUGGAGUGGCUGGGCGAGUUUCACUAAAUGUUUUGGGUUAUCCUCUUCGUCCGGAUGAGCCUGAAUGUACUUAUUAUCAGAGAACUGGACAAUGCAAGUUUGGGAACACUUGUAAAUUCCACCACCCUCAACCAUCUAACAUGAUGGUUGCGUAUGGUGGUUCUCCGCUUUAUCCUGCAGUGCAGUCACCAACUAGUCCGGGUCAACGAUCAUACCCUGGUGGAGUCACAAAUUGGUCUUUGCCUAAUGCUUCCUUUGUUCCAAGUCCACGCUGGCAAAGCCCUUCAAACUAUGCACAAAUAAUUCUACCUCAGGGUGUGGUUUCCGUUCCAGGAUGGAAUGCCUACAGAGGUUCUCUUGGUUCACUUUCAUCUUUAGAGAGCCAACAGCAAGCAACUGGAAACAGUCAAAUUUAUGGUACUUCACGCCAGAAUGAAACGGUCAAUGAACCACUAAGUGGAACGUAUGCUUCAUAUCAUACUGGCUCUAUACCGUCCGGUUAUUAUGCAUUACCAAGGGAGAAUAUAUUCCCUGAAAGGCCUGGUCAGCCCGAUUGCCAAUUUUACAUGAAGACCGGAGACUGUAAAUUUGGUGCAGUGUGCAGAUUUCAUCACCCAAGAGAGAGGGUGAUUCCCAUGCCUGACUGUGUUCUGAGUCCCAUUGGGCUUCCUUUACGUCCGGGAGAGCCUUUGUGUAUUUUUUAUUCUCGUUAUGGAAUAUGCAAAUUUGGUCCAAGUUGCAAGUUUGACCACCCAAUGGAAGUCUUCACUUACAAUUUUUCUCCAACUUCAGUGGAUCCCCACUUGUUAGCAUCAUCGUCAGGAGCUCGCCCAGUAAACAUUACAUCACCAGGGCCAAUUAUCUUAUCAGAGAGAAGACAAAUACCUUCCAGGGAUAAUAGCAUUGACCCAGAGGAAUAAGGACUGUCCAAGUAACCACAAUGGUUAUUUCCUACAAUUAUUAUGUAGUAAUUAAACAUUUGCCUGUAACUUCAUUUUGGUUGUUGAUGUACAGAAUACAUGUCAAAUAUUAACCUAUUUUUGUGGAAUCUAAUUCCACCAACAGGCUUUAAUUA